AUAUAUAUAUAUAUAUACGGAGUCGUAUCUCUCCGUCUCCGUCUUUCGCACGCAAUCGGCACGGCCUCGUACAGGCUUCGGCAGCGCAGCAUAUACGCAACGCACGCACGGCAGCAGUAGUUUUUGCCGAACGCUCGUACUGCGCGGACGACGGCUCGUUGUGUAUGGACACACAUACACACACACACGAUAAUAUAUAAAAAAUACAUAUUAUAUACGAGUGCUGCUCUGCACACAGAGACACAAGAGGCAGGCCCCGAUGUGAGAUAUUCAGUGCGAUAGAUCACGAGAGAUUGUCCGUGUGCGUGGUGCAUCGUGGUGCGUUCUCUCUCGACGCGACUACGUGUUUUUGUGUCGUGGUCUGUUUACGUAUAGGUGGUUGUGAUGUCGUACGUGCCCAAUAACGAGUGAGAGAGCGAGGGUGUUGUGUUGUGUGCUGCAGCAGCGCGCGACUCUCGCGAGUCUACAUGCACAUUGCACUCACUAACGCACACGUACACACACCGCCUCUCGACGUCGCUUGUGUUUAUUGUGUUUCGUCAACUCCAGUGCUGCACACAGAGAGUUUAUAAUAUAUAAUAUAAAAUACAUAGCGCAAUGUCAGCGUGUCUUUGUGCCCUGGGAAAAAGCGUGCGACUACUCGCUGCUGCUGCACCGGGACGUAGCCACAAUACGCCGAGGCUGCUUCCAGAGUAUAGAGACCAGUGAUGCGAGUCUUGCUCCGAUACAAACAAGCUCCUCUCCGGAAUACAUUCCAAUAAGUAAUUCAUAUACAUCGUACGUACACGCGGAGUGUUUUGCCGUACUGCGAUACUCGCAUAGACAGAUAUAUAUCACACACGCAUCGAUAUAGCAGCGACGUACGCGCCCUUACAAGCAGAUAAAAAUGUCUACGAGAUCGCAGCUCACGAAGGAUCUCAACGAAUCUGUUAAAACACUUUUGGGAAAGCAUGUAAAAAUCUUACUGAAAAAUGUUGUGAAGUUGGAAACCAAACCUGAUAAACUUGAAAAUCGAGUUCUGGUAUUUUCACCAUGCCGCCUCUUUUUACUAACUGCAAAGGUACCUACAAGGAUCGACUGUCAUUUCCAUUAUUUGGAAAUAAUAUCAGUCGAAUCCAAAAGAGCCAAUCAAUUAGUGUUAACAGUUGGAGAAAGAGUGUACAACUUUGUAACAAUGGGUAUGGGCAGUGUGGAUACUUCAGAAGUAGAUGCUAUGAUAGAAGCACUUCAUACAGCAAUCAGAAACAUAUUUCCAACGGUACCUUUAAAUUAUGUGAUCAGAAAAAUUGAUGUGAUACCAGCCAGCAGAUUACAAAGCAUAAGAGGUAGUGAUCUAGCUAGAAGUACAGAAGCUACUCGUCAUACUGGUCCUUGUGGUGGCUUUUCUGCUCAGUAUGCAUGUAUGUGUGAUUUACAUAAUGUACCUUACAGAGAAGAAGUUGCUUGGGAUGUGGACACAAUAUAUUUAUCUCAUGAUACAAGAGAACUAGAUCUGAGAGAUUUUGAUCAUCUUGAUCAAAAAGAUUUAGUUCCAAUAAUAUCAGCUUUAGAGUACAAUACCUGGUUUACUAAAGUAAGAAUUUCUGGCCUGAAAUUAAGUCAUGAACCAUUGGAUAGAUUGUUACACAUAUUAAAGAGGUCACUCUCAAUUCAAGAAAUUUAUUUUGAUAAUAUUGGAGCCAAAUGGGAUUUUGCUCAUAAGUUAUCACUUGCUUUGAUUGCCAAUACAAAUGCUGUUCUUCAUACAAUUGACUUGUCUAAUAACACUAUUGAAGACAAAGGAGCUGCAAGUUUAUGUGGGGCAAUAGCUAAAUUAUCUCAAGUAGGUACAAUUUCUAAUUCAUCCUCAUUUACCCGGUUGCAUCAAUUUUUUGCACCUUUAGGAGCCGCACAUACAACUGGACCACUAGGUAAAAUGCCUAAAGGUUUACAGAAAUUAAACUUGGCUCGGUGUGGUUUGACAGGCAAAGGAGUUGGUCAAAUUGCUCAUGCUCUAAGUCUAAAUCGAAGUAUGCCUACAAGUUUACAGUACCUAAAUCUUGCUGAUAAUACUUUGAAAGACGAUGUAAAUAAUCUGUGCAGCUUUUUGGCUCAGCCAAACGGGAUAACGCACUUAGAUCUUAGUGGCACGGAUACUACUUUAGAAUGCCUUUUUGGAGCGUUACUGCGUGGUUGUGCAACAAAUCUAGUCCACUUAAACGUAGCCCGUAACUCGUUCACGAGCAAGAAAACCAAAGAAAUACCGCCAAGUUUUAAGCAAUUUUUCACAGCAACAUUGUCACUCAAAUAUUUGAACAUUUCAUUUUGUAAAUUACCAUUAGAAGCAUUGAAACAUCUGUUGUUGGGUUUGGCAUGCAACGAAAGUACUGUUGGUUUAGAACUUGACAUGAGUGGUAAUAAUCUUGGAUCAACGGGUGCUCACGUUCUUGAGUCUUGUAUACACGGAGUCAGGUGCAUUUCUUCUCUUGAUAUAUCAGACAGCAAUAUGGAUGUAGAUUUGGCACAAGUAAUCACUGCUAUAAGUAAAAAUAAAUCCAUAAAAAAUCUUUAUAUGGGUCGAAAUACUCUCGGCAUGAAGAGUAAACACAUAGCUGUUGUAAUGGACUCACUUGUACAAAUGCUCCAAGAAGAAGAUUGCGUUCUCCAAGCGUUACAUUUGCCAGAUUCGCGACUGAAGGGUGAUUUAUACAAUCUGAUAAAUGCCCUCGGUAGCAAUACGUGUUUGCGCAGCCUCGAUAUUAGUGGCAAUCAAAUCGGCGAUCCUGGAGCUAGAUUAUUAGCUAAAGCUUUACAAAUCAAUAAUCAUCUCAAAACCAUCAUUUAUGAUAAGAACAAUAUAACUUUACAAGGCUAUGCUGAUAUUGCUCACGCUUUAGAAAGGAAUUAUAGUGUCAGAUAUAUGCCAACACCAAUAUACGAUUUACAACCGUGUAUGAAAGCUUCUGCCGAAAAAACUGAACAGCUCACAAAAAAGAUCCAAGAUCUUCUCCAACGUAACGUAGCACCCCAGCGUAACAGCCAUGGUCAAGCGUUCCGCCUACAGCAGGGCUUCCUUCUAAGCUCUACACAACAUAUGGUCGAUCGUCUUGUCGUUCAAACUCAAGACACUAUAAAAGCCCUAGCUGCUGAAAGUUGCAAUGCCAACGAUGAUAUCAAUUAUGCGACUGGGCUUAUUCAAGAUGCUGAUAAUUCAAAACAAUUGCUCCCUAGACUACAUGAAGUGCUCCAGAGACGCGAUGAAAAUAAUCCUAUCGAAGCUAAAUUGACCGAGGCUGCGAAUCAAGUUCAUAAAAUUGCUUCAACUUAUUUGCAGGAUUCUUUGGAUUCUAUGCUUAAAUGUGCUAACGAGCAAUGCCCAACGAUUCUUGAGCAGACAGUUCGUAAUAGAGAUGGCGAUUACGAUGAAAAUGAAUCCGUCAAAUUGGAAACACAUCUCCGAAGUUCUUGCAAAGAUAAAAAUUCAUUGACUCUAGAAUUUAUACAAAACACCAUUACCGAGCAAGCUGGUGCAGAUAUUAUAAACAAAGUCAACGAACUUAAUCUAUCAGUAGCGGCUCACAUCUCCGACAGAAUUACCGAUCAAGUUAUCGAAUCAUUGUCUGGCAGUUACAAAUCUCUGAUCGGAGAAUGCGGCACCGAAAUACGCACGCGAAGCAGCACGCCAGACGUGUUACGGCCGAGCGCCGGCUCGACUUCGAAUCAAGGCGGAGGCGGGGGCAGUGUACUCGGCGUCGGCAUGUCCGUCAGUAUAUCGGCUGGCACGCCCAGCAGAAAUUGCGGCAGUAUCGUUGCUGAUGACGACGAAGACGACGACGACGAGGAUAGCAGCGAGGAAGAAGAGGAAGACGACGACGAGGAGCAAUGUCAGGCGAACGAUCGAAAUAAAGAGAGCAAUGGAAGGGUGGUUAUUGGAAAGGCUAUGGGUAGACUUUCCAAUGAUGAUGAUUCGCCGAUGCUGGAUUACCUGAAUCUCGCCACGCCGCACUUGUCAAAUAAGCGCAAGAGCUUGCACGGAAGAAAAUUACGGCCGAAAUCCGUAGUGGACUCCGUGGAGGGUUUGUCGGCCGAUGACAUUCCGGAUCUGCUGCCGUCGUCUGCCUCGUCCAAGGGCCAGCCGACGGAGGGCAACUCGGAGAACGAGAUCUCGCUGACGGAAUCGAUGGACUCGGUGACGGAGCUGCCCGCUGGCACGCAUCAGCUUCAACAUCUCGUGAAAUCGCGUCCACGCAGGACGAAGACGCGCGCGCCUACGCGGCCGAUGUUGAAGUCCGAUCAGAGUCAGGAGAGUGGCAUUGCUCUGGGAGAGGGCUUGGAUACGUUUUUCCGACCUACGACACCCAAGACUCCAGAUGUUGGCUCACCUACCAGCGAUGAAAGCUUGGUAAAUACGCUGCAAUCGAAUCAAGAUUGCGGAGGUAGUCCGAGCCUUUCUAUAAGCAGUCAACGAAGCGAUAAGAAACCACCGGUAGCCAAAUCCGCGCCCGGUAGUAAAGGUGAACAAUCGCCGCGUUCACAGUCGACCGAUGAUGUGGCAAAAUUUUCACCGGGCGCUGGACGAAGAUCGCGUGGCGAUUCACCACUCACAGUAUCACCACUGACUCGAAGAAACACAGUUGAUACUUCGAAAAGUAGUAAUGAGAAAGUUGCCGUCGAUGGAGCCGACCAACAGUCAAUUGGACCAAAAUCGUUGACACCUAAUAGUGAAUCGGUUAAGGAGCAGCAAAACAAUGAAAAAAAUGAGAGCAGUACAAAAGGUACUGUGAUGUCUUCCGUGCGAAAAUUCACAGCCGCAAGUAGCCCAACCAACGGUAGCGUUGCUAAAGGCUACAGCUUCGAUUCAGCCAAAUCACCAGUACUCCGAUCACUCACUAACAAAAAUAAUCAAGCAUCUGGCGACAGGCGAUCACCACCUAGCACUGCCCCUAAACCUAGACCAUGGAGCAUGGCUACCGACAGAAAGUCUGGCGAAUUUAAUCAAUUACUCAGCGAUGGUUCGUCACCCAAUACAUCAGCAGGCAACACACCGGACUCCGGUGACGCGCUGGACGAGUCGACCGACAGCGGAGUCUGUGGUCCUGCCUCAUUACCACCAUCAUUGACGACCAGCUGUAUCGUCACUGGCAGUCUAAAUUCUGGUGGAGCAGAGAAGCGCUCGGUGCGCGAAUUAGCUGCCAGUUUGACGAAGAGCAAUAGCCAAGGCAAAGCUGACAAGAAGGAAAACGAGUAUUCCGCAGCAUGGAGGUCAGUUUUGCGUCAUUAUGUUGAACCCCCGACACCUAUACAGCCGUCCUCUCUUAAGGCACCGGAAGCACAGAGAGAGACUGAGCCUAAUCGCCGCCUGGCUUUCAAACUACGACGCACUUCAUUUCUUCGCGAUUCGAAUUUUCAUUACGAUAACGACGCGGUAGAUGUGUAGAGUGAAAGAAAGAAAAUUGUGAUUUUUUGUUGUUUUGACAAUCCAGCAGCAUUGAAUAAUUAAGUGGUAAUGAAUGAACAAAAAUUUGGCAACAUUUUUUCUUUCUUUUUCUUGUGAUCAAUGUCUGUCAAUAGCUUAUUUCGAGCUUUAGAAUGAAGAAUUUUUUCACAACGAAAAUGAUAAUAUCAAUUAAUCGAGUAUCUAUAAAAUACGAAUUAUACCUCGAUAACAACAUAUAUACAUAUACAGUCAAGAGACAUUCCAAAAUAAAUUUUUAUACUUGCCCGAUUCUUGUACCAUGUUAUAUUCAAUAAAAAAUAAACGUGUAGAGAUCAAGAACUCUAUGUGUAUGUGUAUGUGUAUGUGUGGACGUUGGAUAAAAGCGAAGGUACCGCAUUUUUUGUAAGUGCCUGCUAUUUAGUUAUAUUUUUUGUCUGUCUGAAGAAUGUUUUUAUUUUUUAAUGAAUUUUUUGUGUUAUAAAUCAUGUAGUUUCAAAGCUUCGUUCGUUGUGUCACUCUGUCAUAUAGGCAAGGGUACUUAAGAAACACCCUGUUAUUAUGCAUUAAAUCAUCCAGCACAAGUCAACUAUUCCAUGCCAUCUUUCAUCGCUCACUCUCGCUUAUCAUUGCAAAUCUAUUUCUCGAUCAAUUAUUCCACUGAAAAAGUGUAUUUAUUUUCUGGAAUUCGAUUUUUUAAUGUCAAAAAUCACAACGACGUUUUCAUAAAACUUUAUGUUACAAUUUGAUAACCAUGUAUAUAAAAAUACAUUCCAAGUUUCUUUUGAGAUAAUUCUUAUUAGAAACUUAUAUUUACUCAAAUUUUUCUUGACUUUGUGUAAUUAGCAAAUGAAUUUAAUUUAGUAUAUUCAACAUGCAAAAUCAUUCAUGACUUUAUAAAUAAGAAAUAUCCGAUAAACUAUAUAACAAUAAUAUAGCGCGCGAGUAAUGCAGAGGUGAUAAGUAGUACUGAAUGAUUUCACCAAAACUUAAAUUUGUUAUUUCAUGAUUCCGGAGUUAGUGGUGCCAGUUAGAAUGGUGAUCUUUUUAAUUAUGCAAUUUGUUUUGUUACUAUUUAUGUAAGUGCACGUGUAAGUGCAUGACUACUUAUGCCGAUUUUUGUCCAUUUAAAUUAAUGAUUUGUGCGUGUAUUCACGCACUGUAAAUAAAAAAUGUGUAUAAGCCAAUUAUUUAAGAUUAGAAAUGAAUAAAAUCUAUAUUAUUGUACCUUCUAUUUCUACAAGCGCCUAGUAAUUAUAAAAAGAAUAAAAAAAUCAUAUAUGUUCCAACCGUUGCACAUGAAAUAAGUAUUUAUUAGAAAGCGGCGUUUAUGUGGUCGUAACUGAAAUACCACAGCUGAGUAGCCGAUGUUUUAUUUUGCAGGGAUCAUGAAAAUGAAAUAAACUCCAAAUAAUCUUUAAGUACUAAAAGAUAAUGUUAAAUUUUUUGUGCACAGUUUUCAAUAAGAAUCGAAUUGGCUUAUAAGAAAACAAGAACCAUAUGAUUACUAUUGAAAUGCUUAGAUAAUACGUAAAAACUGAUCGAGUUGAAUAAACUGUAGUUUAAAUCGUUCAUGAAUUUUACUAUCAUAUCUAAUUAUAUUUUUAAAACUUUAACUAAAACAAUUAUGUUUUAUUAUAAAAAUUAAAAUUACAUAUGAAAUCGAAACAAUAUUGAUGCACAAUAUAUUUGACCAAUUUUUUAAAAAGGUAUUGAUGAAUAAUCAGAAAAGUUCAGAAUGGUUAUUUUACAAUCGAAAAAAUUGUUACUCCAGUUAGGUAAAAAUUUUGAAUCUUGAUAAAAAUAUUAAAUAUCAAUAAUAUACAACCCUUUAUAAAAAGGAAAAAUUUUUCGACUACUCGGCCAGUAAAAUCCAAUUGAUCCUUAAAUAUAUAUACAAUUAGUUACAAUUAUACAUUUUAUCAAUCGUAUCUCAGAACAACUGUGAGUGCCAAAUUAAUAAGAGAUGGAACAAAAUAAAUGAGAUUAUAACACGCGACUGACAUUAUAAAUUUAUCCUGGUUGGAUGAAAGGAGCUUUGUAAAAAACGUAUUCAAGCAUAUAUGUAUCACUGAUUUAUUAGAAAAGCUAAAAGUUGGGUAGUUUAAAUGUUUUUAAUUUUAUCGUUGAAGAGCAAGAAUUUUACGAAUUUAGUUGCAUAAGUGAUAUUAGAGCGUACUUUUUAAUUGAAUCAUACGAGUGAAAGUAUUUCUCGAAAACUGUGUUACGCGUUUUGCAAAGAAACAUUGGCUAUUAAUGAAUGCAUACAUAUUUUUUUAUUUUAAAGUCCUAACGCCUAUUUAAUAAUUUUUAUAAGUGCGGAAAGUAUGUGUGCGCGUAUAUGAUUUAGAAUUGAAUUAUAUACAAUCGGACCUUCUGAAAGUUCAUGGAAAGUAGACUUUUAUUGAGAUUAGAAUACGUUUGUGAACCAAAACUGAUAUCAUCAGCAGUUCCGAAAGCAUUUUUCUUUCUUCUAAACUUCUAUCGAAUUUAUAUAUACAUUCCUUUAUAACGACGCGUCGUGCACGUUAUACUUUGUAUCCUUUACCAUGAACCACGCAUUUUGAUAGUUGUCGUCUUGUCAUGGUUUAUAUAUAGUUUUUAUAUUUAUAAAUAUGAAUAUUUGUAAGAUGUUUUAGUUUUAAAUUCAAUCCAUAUCAUUUCUGAAAGCAAAGUAUAAUAUAAUAUUCGUAUAAAAUUAUAUUGUUCACCACGCGCGAAAUAUCCGGUGGGAUUGUAAUGUAUUUAGCUUGGGAACGGAGAUGUAUUUAAGCGUAUAACUUUGAACGAACAAUAAAAAAAUGAGAUCGAUUUGAUAA